AUGUCACACGAGCCGGACUACGAAAUCUUCCAAAAUUUGACGGAGUACCAAAAGAAUGAAGGCCUCAUCGAUUUGAACCAGUACCCGGAGGAGACUUCCUUCUGCGGUGAUACGAAGUCUGCCUUUAAGUCCAAUUCUGAUGCGGUAGAUAUUUGCAAAAAGUUUGUAAUACUAUUUAAGCUUCUAAACCCUAGCGAAGACACUGCUGAGGAGAGUUGCGUCAACCACCCAGAUUUUGGAAGUUCCGACAAACACUCAGAUGUUGGAAGUUCCGCCAAUCACUCAGAUGUUGGAAGUUCCGCCAACCACUCAGCUGUUGGAAAUUCUACAAACCACACCGCUGCUGAGAGUUCUAGCACCACCCCCAAACACACGGCCUUCUUGAACUACUGGUUAAGCACCCAAUUGAGGGAUAAAAACGUCCCUGAAGAACUGAGGUCCCUUUUCUACCUAGACCUGAAGACGCACUACGAUAAGAUUAAAAGCAAAUACAAAUUAACGGACCAAUUUCACCCCAUUGAAAGUGCCCAUUUGGAAAAACUUGAUAUAUUGCACGAGCUGUAUAAGCAGUACUACGAAUUAAAAAAUAACAAACUGGGAGUCAAAGAAAAAAAUGAAGGCGAUAGGGAUGAGGGGUGUCUGAAUUUUCUCCAGAACUGCAAGGAUAAUUAUAAUAAGGGGCUGGAAAAAUGCUUCCCCCAAGCUGAUAAUCAGUUCUGCCAAGCAUUAAACCGUUUUAGAAAAUUAUAUGAACAAGAAAAGGGCUCCUUCUCAGCCGUGUGUCACAAUAAAGCGUUGCCUUCUAUGCCAGAAAUAGUAUCACUUCGGUCACCCAAGGCAGCAAGUGGGGAAACUCCCAAAAUAGGGGGUGACUUAGUUCAGGCGGAGAAAAGCCUUUCCACUCAUCACCUCCCCAAAAUAGUGGACGAUGUGGUAUUCUCAUCAUUUUUCUUUAACACAAAUGCACAUACAUUUAGACUCCGCUUAUUGUGUCACUCACAAAGCAUUUACCCAAACUUGUAUAAGCUCAUACUUCUGCAAUACACUUCGCUCUUUGAGUACGACGAGGAGAAGAUAAAAAACAACAUAAUGGAAGUGCUGCACGAAUUUCUUAAAUAUUACAACCUGAAUAGAGGAAAUUCCAACGUAGAUUUAUUUAUAAAGGAAUUCUUCUACGAUUAUUAUAAAAACAAAAGGGAGGAAUAUGAAAAAAUCUACGCAGAAUGUUCCAACAGAAAACCUCUAACCUCCUACUGCAAGGUGUACUAUAUGUGUAACGACCAGCUGAGGGAAGACCUCUUUUCAAUCAAAGAAGAUGUUGCAAAGUACCUUGAAGACAAAGCUAAAUCAUAUCAGCAGGCACUUUCUGGAAAUCCCACAACUGAAACAGAGAUGCAUAAAAUCGAAGGUAGUUCUCCUUUAUCUUUACGCAGAUUCUCCAUCGUGCCCAUAGUGAUAGGAGUGUUUUUCUUUCUAUUCUCUAUACAUGAGUUCACCCCCAUUGGAUCCUGGUUGCGCAGAAAACUCAAUAAGACCAAACGGAUUGCUCACAAUUUUUAUAUGAAACAGAUUCAUUAUAUAAUGGAAACGAAUUCACCAUUUGAGGAUGUUAAUCUCGAUGACAGGGAAUCCAACAUAGGCUAUCACUCCAUAUGA